GGUAGAUUCAUUGGUGUUUGAUUUUAUACUCACAGCGACCUCUACAGUUCACGUGACAAAAAGAAAUAGUCCUCUGUCCCUUUAAGAAAACUGAUCACUCAUCUGCUGGUGAGCCACGUCUCGCCUAGUUCGUGCGCAUGCGCGUCCAUCUCACAUCCGGGGUUGGUGGCUGUACAUAGUGUAAAAACAAUUCUUUACACUGUCUCAUUAUUUGUUCUUUUUUUUCUUUUUACACUUUUCACUCGUACCACGGAGACAGUGGUCGGAGUUUCUUUUUAAACAAAAAGCGUCUGGUCUGAAGUCUUCUCUUAGAGGACGCCGGUUAAGAUGAACUUUCUCAGGGGAGUGAUGGGAGGGCAGGCUGCCGGGCCGCAGCCCACAGGAGCUGAAACGAUUCAGAAGUUGUGUGACAGGGUUGCUUCCUCCACACUUCUGGAAGACCGGAGGGACGCUGUCCGGGCCCUCAAAGCCCUUUCUAAGAAAUACCGCAUGGAAGUUGGCACACAGGCCAUGGAUCACCUGGUUACCAUACUGCAGACUGACAGAUCUGACUCUGAAAUCCUUGGCUAUUCUUUGGACACACUCUACAACAUCAUCUGCAAUGAUGAGGAAGAAGAACAAGAUGAAUCAGAAGACGAGAAUACCCAGAAGCAGACGGACGACCUCGGCGCCCUGUUUACAGAGAAGUUCAUUCAAGAUCCCGAGCGCAUCACGCUGCUCCUCACCCUUCUGGAGGAGUUCGACUUUCACGUGCGUUGGCCUGCGGUGAAACUGCUGACAGCUCUUUUGAAGAGUCAGGGCACCCAAGUGCAAGGCAUCAUUCUCGUCAGCCCCAUGGGUGUUUCCAGAUUAAUGGACCUGUUAGCAGACUCCAGAGAAGUAAUUCGCAAUGACGGCUUGCUGCUACUCCAGCAGCUGACCAAAGGCAACGCAGCCAUUCAGAAAAUUGUGGCCUUUGAGAACGCCUUUGAGCGCCUCUUAGAUAUCAUCACGGAGGAGGGCAGCAGCGAUGGAGGUAUUGUGGUGGAGGAUUGUUUGUUGUUGCUGCUCAACCUGCUAAAGAACAACAGCUCUAACCAGAACUUCUUUAAGGAGGGCUCUUACAUCCAGAGAAUGAAGCCCUGGUUUGAGGUUGGGGAUGAUAACUCUGGCUGGUCUGCACAGAAGGUCACCAACCUCCACCUCAUGCUGCAGCUGGUGCGAGUGAUGGUUUCACCAGUGAACUCCCCUGGAGCGACAGCGAGCUGUCAGAAGUGCAUGUUCCAGUGCGGCCUGUUGCAACAGUUGUGCACCAUCCUCAUGGCCACCGGUGUGCCCGCUGAUAUCCUAACAGAGACUAUAAACACCGUUUCAGAAGUGAUCAGGGGGUCACAGAUCAACCAGGAUUACUUUGCGUCCGUCAACGCCCCUUCAAACCCUCCACGACCAGCCAUCGUGGUGCUGCUCAUGUCCAUGGUGAAUGAGAGGCAGCCGUUUGUGCUUCGCUGUGCAGUCCUUUACUGUUUCCAGUGUUUCCUCUACAAAAACCAGAAGGGUCAGGGGGAGAUCGUGGCUACACUACUUCCCUCAACCAUCGAUGCCAACUCUAUCUCAGCCGGCCAGCUCCUGUGUGGAGGUUUGUUCUCAGCAGACUCUCUGUCUAACUGGUGUGCGGCCGUGGCCCUGGCCCAUGCUCUCCAGGAUAACCUCACUCAGAAGGAGCAGCUGCUCCGAGUUCAGCUUGCCACCAGCCUGGGCAAACCCCCCGUGUCCCUGCUGCAGCAGUGCACCAACAUUCUGUCCCAGGGUGAUAAGAUCGUCCGGCGGGGCAGCAAAGUUCAGACCAGGGUGGGCCUCCUGAUGCUGUUGUGCACAUGGAUCAGCAACUGUCCCAUUGCUGUCACGCACUUCCUGCACAACCAGGAUAAUGUUCCCUUUCUGACGGCUCAGAUCUCUGAGAACCUGGGAGAAGACGAGAGGCUGGUUCAGGGCCUUUGUGCGCUGCUGCUCGGCAUCUGUAUCUAUUAUAAUGAUAACUCACUGGAAAACUACACCAAGGAGAAGCUAAAGCAGCUGAUUGAGAAGCGCAUCGGAAAGGAAAACUUUGUGGAGAAGCUGGGCUUCAUCACCAAACAUGAGCUGUAUUCGCGGGCGGCCUUGAAGCCACAGCCCGUCUUCCCGUCGCCGGAGCAGAUGCUGUUCGACCACGAGUUCACCAAGCUGGUCAAAGACCUGGAGGGUGUGAUCACCAAAGCGGUUCACAAGUCCAGUGAGGAGGAGAAAAAGGAGGAGGAGGUGAAGAAGACGCUGGAGCAGCACGACAACAUCGUAACUCAAUACAAGGAGCUGAUCAGAGAACAAGAUGCUCAGAUCCAGGAGUUGAAGGAGCAGGUAGCAUCUCUGUCCUCCCAGAACGAGCAGAUGCAGGCUACGGUCACACAGCAGCUGUCCCAGAUCCAGCAGCACAAAGACCAGUACAACAUCCUCAAGCUGAAACUGGGUAAGGAGAGCCAGAGUCAGUCCAGCAGCAGUCAGGGGGACAGCUCUCAGGUGAACGGGCUGCAGACUGAGGAGCUCUCUCAGCUCCGAGAAGAGCUGGACGAACUCCGGAAGCAGCACGCAGUCCUACAGACGCAGCUCGCCGAACGAGACGCACUCAUCACCACCCUGCAGUCGAGCUCCCAGACGACAGAGAGCCCAGCAGGAGGAUCAGACAACACAGAGCUGCAGCAGGAACUGGAGGCUUUAAGGAGUCAGGUUCAGUCCCAGUCCUUAGAAAUCAGUCAUCUAAAGACGGAGAGACAGGAGCUGCUCAGAAGAGCAGAAGCUGAGUCAUCUAACGCAGCAUCCCCCAGCGACGGCUCAUUAGACGCCAGUGCAGUAGCAGAACUUGAGAACAGACUGGCAGCACAAACAUCUGAGACAGAGAAGAUGAAGAGAAGCGUGGUUGAGCUGGAGCAGCAGCUGGCUGCAGCCACAAGCACGGCGGCGAUCCUGCAGACAGAGAAGGAGAAGCUGCAGUCUGAGGUCCAGGAGUCCAAGAAGGAGCAGGACGACUUGCUGAUGCUGCUGGCAGACCAAGACCAGAAGAUCCACAGCCUCAAGAAGAGACUCAAGGACCUGGGACAAAUGGUGGAAGAUGAAGACGACCUCGACACCAAGGAUCAGACAUCAGAUGAUGACGAUGAUGAGGACGAGGAUGAAGAUGAGUAAUAACAGAAAAUGGAGAGGAAGAAAAGACUCAUCAGAAGAAACUGAACACUACACAUGGAAGCAGUUUCUUUCCCAGCUGCCACAUUGUCUUCAUUUUUCUUUGUUUUGGCGCAUUACAUGCACUUGUUUAUUUUUAUUUUUUUUGUUCAAGUUAAAGUUUGCCAACAGUUCCAUUUUCAGUGCAGUUUAGACAUUUCAGUGCAUUCAUCUCAUCGACUUUAUUUGGUUUUGGACUUCACAAGUUUUGUGUUUAUUAUAAAAAAUAUGUAAAUGAGCUAAAGUGUUCAUUUGAACACAUGAGUUGUCUGAAAACACAGAGGAGUCUCCAUUUAGAGCAUUGAGUGCAGGUAUGAGCUGAGAUUAGAAAAAGUGACAAAUGUGCUGGUGAGGAUUACCUGCGACACUCUUCAUCCUGGAUUCGUCCUUCCUCGCUGUCGGGUUAAAGUUCGCAUUCCAACCCAUAGAGUUGUUGUGUUCCACUGUCAUGGCUCAGGCCAGCCGCUCUGCAAUAUGCUGCAAAACACCGACCAGAACAUGACCCGUCAGAGAAAUUCUUUUUGCAGCGUUCUGUUCAGUACUGGUAUCCAGCUUCUGUAUGAUAUUGUGUAACUUAUCAAUCUACGAGCCACCUUGAAAUGAAUAAAAUAAUCUAAAUGUGGGCCGUAUAGAGGAAUAUUUGUUAAUUAAAUUUUAAUAAAUCCACUGUGAGACUUGUCUUUUGAAUUUACUGUGUUGAUUUAAGAUGAUAAAGUCAGUGCAUAUCUAUUAAUAGUACAUUUUAUGCUUUAAUUUUCUUUAAAAACAAAUGUUGCAAUGAAAAAAACCUAAUACCUCAUAUGUUUUAUUGUGGAAUUUGCUAUUUUCAAAAACGUAUUCUAAUAGGGUAUGGCCUUUAUGUAUAAAAUAAUUUACAUUUUUGGAUUUAUUGUUUUAAUGCAGCUUAUUAUUAGUUACUAAAAAGUAGUUGCACGUGCUUGUAGUGGGAAAAAAAAAAA